AUGAAAAGAAAAAAUAUAUUUUGUUUUUCCCUCUUCUUAUUUUUGUUGCGUUAUGUAUCAUCAAAAGACAAAUAUGAAGAUGAACAAAAAAAUUAUAAUAAUCAACAUGUUCUAUUAAAUAUAAUAAAAGACAAAUUAGAGAAAUUACAAGGUGGAAUAAUAACGAAUAAGGUAUCAGAUACUUUGAAUAAAGACUUCAAAUCAUUAAAAAAACGAAUGGAGGAAUUGGAAAAAUAUGAAAAAAAAUAUACUGAAGGAAAUAUUGAGAAUAUUUUAAAAAAUGAAUCUGAAGAAUCGUUAGGGGAUAAAAAACAAAUUUUGGGGGUAGAUGAGGAUGAGUAUAACUGGGAUUUUUUGGGACAAGGUAACACUAUGACUAAAGGAGAAGACAAUGAAGAGGGUGCGGAUGAUAAUGAGGAUGAAGAGGGCGAAGAGGAUGGAACAGCUUUAGAAUUAAAAUCUAAAGGUGAACAAGAUACUUCCAUGUUAGCGCAGGGAGCAGAAAAAAUAUCGACUGAACUUCAAGGAGGUGCACAACCUACUAGUGAAUCAAGUAAUGAGGUACAAGAGCAAAGUGGAGGGACGGACGUGCGUACAACAAGAGACCCUGCAGUAGCAGAAGCAAAAACACCACUAGAAAAUAGUCCUAGUGCACAAUCAAAUACACCAUCUACAGGAGAAAACGAAGCUAAAGCAGCUUCUCAAGAUCAAGCUAAAGAACGUCAACCAGUUGAAAGCGCAUUAGUUAAUGCAGAGCAUGGCCCUACACAAGGUAGUAAUAUAAGCACCCCAAAAGUUCAGUACUUGGACAAAUUGUUUGAUGAUUAUCUUAUAGCUUCAGAUAAAAAAAAAGAAAUAAAUGUUCAUAAAUAUCAUAGAAAAUAUAAUGAUUUUAAAAAAGCAUAUGAAUUUACUAUGAAUGAUAAUGAGUAUAAAAUUGUUAAAGAACUUUUUGAUUUUUAUUUCAAAAAAGGGGAAGAAGAGAGUUCAAAUGCAUCCAAUUUGAUUAAUUUGUUUAAAAAGGUCUUGGAUGAUAAUGUAUUUCGAAAAGAGUUUGAUAAUAUCAUGCAUGGUAUUUAUGGAUUUGCUAAACGUUAUACUUACUUAAGAGGGGAUAGAACAAACGAUGAGAAUGUGUAUAAGGAGCUGUUUAAAAAUAUGCUAAGUUUGUCAAACAUUGUGUAG